AUGAGCCAAAAACAGAUGUACGACGUGUUUGAAUCCAGUGCGGAUGCACUAAAGGCAUCCACGUAUUACAUCAAACGUUUGCGCACCGCAGAUGAUUUGGGCAAAUGGAAGCGCUCUAGUGCCUACCACGACCUGGUGGCCUACAUCAAUAACACCAGCAUGGCGAUUCAGGGCCAACAUUUGGAUGGCAACUAUAACAUUAGCAACCAGAUGGACAAAUUGUGCAAAAUCUUCAAUUGGCUGGAAAUUCUUGUAUACCAAUGCCACCCGCUGGGCGUUGGACGUGGACUGCUUCGUUGCGUUGGCGAGGACAAGAUCGAUAUGAUGGCAUCGACCAAUUCGUUGCUUUUCAAAUGCCAUGAUGCGUACAGCAACUGGGUAUCUCAGGUGCAGGAGAAACUCUUUGCCAUUCUGGAGCGCCAGGUGAAGCCCCACGGCAAGCAUAUCAAUGAGCUGGCCCAGUAUCUGACACGCUCCUUUGGAAGCUGCAAGACCUACGAUUAUGGUCCGGAUAAUGAGCUGAUGUUCAUAUUCUUUUUGUGCUGCCUGUUCAAGUCGGGCAUACUCCAUGGCGAGGAUACGGUAGCUGCAGCCCUGUUGCUCUAUCCACGCUAUCUGCGACUGGUUCGUCGUUUGAUCAGCUUUUUUCGACUGGCGUCGUCGGCUCAGAAGCAUGAAGAGACUGAAAAUCAAAACGCCAUCGACAAAUGGAAUAUUCUGCCCUAUAUCUGGGGCUGUGCUCAGCUGUGUCAGGCGGCGCCAUUUUAUCCGCCAGAGUGGGAAAUGCCGGGCAUAAUGGAGAAGCAUCGUCAGCACUAUUUGCUGCUCGACAGCUUAAGCCAUCUGCAAAAGACAAUGGGCGAUGGUGGAGUCCUCGGCGUUCACUCGUAUCAGUUGUGGUGCGUUCUCUCUCUGUCCAACUGGCCGGAGGCUUAUAAUGCCCUAAUGGCAGCUUUUAUCAAGCAUGUGCUGAACGACAUUUACACUGUGCGGGAUAUGAUCUUUGGCGAGAUUAUGUCCAUCAAUCGCCUGCCGCUCGAACAGUUGCAGCGCGCCCAUCUGGGUGAAAUGCGCCAGUCCGAGACUUCCUCCUCCGUCUCGUCGCAAUAUGUUAGCGAGGAGGACAAGUCCAUUGCCCAAAAGCAGCUAUUUGCUGUGCAGCCGCCUCUUAGUCGCCAUCACAGUGUCGAUGCGGACAUCUUGCUCGGAUUUCAGGACCCAAACAAAGUCAGUGUUGUUGAAACUGCAACCGACAAUCAGCUGCGUCGUCUGCGUCAUCAUCAGAAGGUUCUCUUACGCAAGUUUCCCACUGCGAAACGUAUGCCAAAAGACAACGAAUUAAAUGAUCAGUUUUCGUUCGACAGCAUUUGA